UGACCAUCAACCAGUUGUCAUCUGUGUUGUUUUCGUUGGUGUUCUAUUUUUAACGUGCAAAAAAUUGAUUAUUUCAAUAGGGCAAUCGCUCCAGGAUUUUUUCCACCUGCACAUCCGUAAUUUGGUGAAGCUUCCGAUUUCCUAUCCUGAGUGUUUUGUAAUUGCUAGCAGCAUAAAACAGUCUGCUACUGUGAGUGAGACAGCAGCAGCAGCAGCAGCAGCACUUAGGACACCAUGGCCUUGCUGCGGCAGCUUUCCGGGGUGCUAAACCGUGGCGGAGCAUUUUCGAAAGGCGUCUAUCCGUUGCUGCCGGGAAAGUAUGGAAUUCAUCCAUCGCACUUGCGGCUCUUGUCCGGCCUCGCUUCCGGUUCGCGGCACGGACGUAUUACGGCUGGAGAACACACCCUGCUGGUAGGGCCCGGGAAUUGGCAGGAUUCCAAACGGCGAGGCUACAAAAACUUUGGCCACCAAGACGAGAAGGAACCAAUGUACACGAAGCUGUUUCUCGUGUUUAUCUCUACCGUAAUGGUGGGCUCUUGCCUGGACUGGAAGAAAUUGCGUGCAGCAGUUGGCUGGCCGAAGGUUGACGCGGAUGCCGGUGUCGAGAUGGGAAAGAAGACCGGCUCCCAAGAGCUGGAGCAGGAAGAGGAGGAGGACCCGGAUAGUGACGUAGAUGCACAAGGCAAAAAGAAGAGCCGCAAGGAAAAGAUCGGUUUUCGUGAUCGCAAGAUCAUCGAGUACGAGAAUCGGUUGCGCACGUUCGCAACGGCGGACAAGGUGUUUCGCUACUUUUCCACGAUCAAGCUUAUACACGGGGAAACGUCCACGGUCUAUAUGACACCGUACGACUUCCUGCGCGCAAUCACACCGGGAAUGAAACAGCCGGAGGGACUUGGAUUGGAUCAGUACAAGCGGUACGACGCCAAGAGCAUUGAAGAGAGCGUCUCCACCCGUCUGGAUCUGCACCUGGACAGCGAUAGCAUCUUUUACAAGCUCGGUGCGUACGGGCUGAUUUCGUUCUCCGAUUACAUCUUCCUGCUGACCGUCCUGUCGACUUCCCGGCGGCACUUUGAGAUUGCUUUCCGGAUGUUCGACCUGAACGGGGACGGUGAUGUCGACAGCGAAGAGUUUGAAAAGGUUGCAAACCUAAUCCGCCAGCAAACGAGUAUUGGUAAUAGACACAGAGAUCACGCGAACACGGGCAACACGUUUAAAGUAAAAAAAGGUGUUAACUCAGCCCUGACGACCUACUUCUUUGGGCCGAAAAAUGACGAGAAGCUGACGAUCGAGAAGUUUCUCGACUUUCAGCAGCAGCUGCAGCGCGAAAUUUUAACGCUCGAGUUUCUGCGCAAAAAUCCGGACGAGAAUGGGAACAUCAGCGAGGCGGACUUUGCGGAACUGCUGCUAGCGUACGCUGGCUACCCGCAGAAGAAGAAAGUGAAGAAGAUUAAGCGUGUAAAAAAGCGGUUCCGUGAUCAUGGAUCGGGCAUUUCGAAGGAAGAUUACCUGAACUUUUUCCACUUUCUUAACAACAUAAAUGAUGUGGACACAGCGCUUACGUUCUACCACAUUGCGGGUGCUUCGAUUGAUCAGGAAACGCUGAAGCAUGUCGCCCGCACGGUGGCAUUGGUGGAGCUUUCGAGCCACGUGAUUGAUGUUGUGUUUACGAUUUUCGAUGAAAACAUGGACGGCCAGCUCAGCAAUCGGGAAUUUGUAGCGGUCAUGAAGAACCGUUUGCUUCGUGGGCUCGAAAAACCGAAAGAUACCGGUUUCGUGAAGCUAAUGCAUUCGAUACUGAAGUGUGCCAAGGAUACGAAACCCGUGCUGCUCGAUCUGUAAGCACAAAUUUUUUGCCUACACUGACGACGCUCUUCGCACACAGCUCAGCAAGAUGUGUGUGUGUCCUCUUUUUGCUGUUGUGUCCAAGUCUCAAACACGCGUUUUAGAAUAGGGAUUGCAUUUUGUAUCGUUUGACCAUACUAGGGAUGCAAAGUCAAACGGCAAAACAAAAAACACGGGCGAAUAUUUGUUACCUAUCGUUAAGUUUUUCAUACCUCAUGCGUAAAGUCCUUUGAGGAAAGUCAUUACCUACGCAUACUCUUAGCUUUUUUAAUGAAUCUAAAAUUUCCACCCUUCCUCUCAACCUGACCUGUUUUUUAAUAGAGAUGAGCGGCAGGAUACGUAAAACGAUGCCAAGCUAAAGGUUUUUAAUGUAUUGUCGUGCUCCUCAUUCACGGUAUUCUAUUCAAUAAACUAUCAUAAUUUUAAAUCUUGUUGCGAAAUGAA